AUUAGACAUGGAUAGAUGCAUUUGUGAGGAAAUCAGGGAGGUCAUCAACGACCUCAGACGAUGUAUAUUCAUCAUUGACAAUUUCCCGUGCCCUUUUCCCAUCAUACAUGGGAAAAGAACGGGGUCCCCUGACAGAAUUACAUCAACCCCAUUAAGAAACCCAGAUUUCGUCUGGGGUGCUGGGGCGGCACCACCAAACGCCCCAGCUAAAAAUCCCCAAGUUAUCGUCAUUAGUGACGACACCCUUCCCAGCCUUCACGAGAGCUGGUUUGAAACCAGUACCGAAAUAGAUUCGUCUAUUACAAUUGCGAAAGAGGACGAAGAAAAAGAAGAAAACGAGGAAAAGGAGGAAAAGGAGAAAACGGAGGAAGAGAAGGAAGAGGAGGAAGAGGAGGAAAAGAAAGAAUAGAAUGAGGAAAAUGGUUAGUAUUUGUUUUUUUUUUUUAAUUUCCUUAUGAAAAAUAUUUGGCUGAUUUAAAACAAUUCGACUUGUUCAGAUUUACCAGAUUGAUUAAUAUCAUGCGUUUAUUACAUUUGAUAUUAAUGCACUUGUUUUCACCCUCUUUUACAGCAUUGGAGAAUUAAGAAAAUUAAAGAAAACAACAAACCAAUGUAAAAAUAAAAUGAAGAAAAAACUUAAAUGUUGUGAUUUUUAAAGGUAAUUCCAAGCGUGAGGUUAAAACAUGCCAAUGGUUGGAUGCUAUGUGAUUGAUAGAAAUCAUGUGUAUUUUAAAAAUUAAAAUACAUAAGAUGUCAUUAUCAGUCAUUUAAUGUCCGAACUUCGGUAUGUGACCAUUUACCAAAAGUUACUGUGAUGUUUAUUCACAUUUUGCAUGGAUCUAAUGCAUUUUUUUCCCUCAACAAAAUCAUGUCAAUGCUUAGAGGUUAUGUGAUUGAUAUAAACCGUGUGUAUUUUUUCUUAAAUUAAAAAAUGCAUAAGGUGUCGUUAUCUGUCAUUUAACAUCCGAACUUUGACAUGAGUGUCCGGACGGAGAUUAUAUUCGGUAAUACCAUCUACUUGGAACAUGGGGUUUUUUUUAUGAAGAGGUACUAUUGUAUGACUAAUCCCGGGAUUUAGACUAGAGUGUCAUCAAUUCUACUUCAACAUUUUAUCUCCUAUUAUUACAACUGUAAAUAAAUGAAGUUUAUCAUUUUCAUUUCAUUGUUAGUUAACGAUUAUCCCAUAUCACCGAUUAUGUCAAUGGCCAAAUAGUCCUCUAUCAUACCAAUAUCGAUUCACUGCUCUCUCUGAUACUGUUAAAGGGGCCGCACUCGAUAAGAUAUUUUCUUUGUCUUCAUCUUAUUCCCCCUAAGGACUUUUAUUGUUUACUUGUACAAUAAACUCAAUUCCUAUCAUACAUCCUUCCAUCAAGACACGUUCAACUCAUUUAUUAUCUCCAUAAUAAAACAAUGUUUAUUCUCCAUUAUUUUCCCUCAUCCUCCCCUUGUUUACAGGACUAAGUCGUAUUUAGGGGAUUAUACGGAUUACACCCCUCUAUGCCCCCUCUCAUAAUGAACCCUCCAACCGUUAUGGACCCCACUGUAUUGUUCACACACCCUAGGGAGGGGAUUAUCCAGAAAAUCUCCCAUUGUUCUCACCCCAAUAGGACUCUUAAGGAGGGAUUAUCCGGAUAAUCCUCUUAUCUAUCUUACACAAUAGACCCCAUCCCUUAAGAGGGGAUUAUCCGGAUAAUCCCCCUUAAUUAGGGCUCUUAAGGGGAUUAUCCGGAUAAUCCCUCUAUUGUUCUCACCAUUGUUCUCAUACAAUAGACCCCAGGGAGGCCCAUUGUCUACCCCCCCUAUAUG